UGGAGGAAAGACGUCACAUGAAGUUGUUUCUUGAAGUAUUUGGCGAUCGUUUUCUUAAAUAAUAUUUUGUGUUGGCUUUAUAUAAGUUAAAGAGUGAUUUCUACGGACCUACCUAUUUUAGAAAAUAGUAGCUAACUUGUUUAAUUUAAAUUGGUUUGUAUAAGAAUGUCAUAACUUGAGGAUGGAAAGAGUUGCCUACCGUUAGGCUAAUGCAACAGUUUUCAAUGUAAAUUAUGCCUGUUGAAAAUUGUUGGGACAUAUCCAGUCAUGCCAGAUGUGGACAGUGUUUCAGAAUGCUCCAGUGACGUAGUGAUCGAAAUUGCCGAAUCCUUACAACUUUUUCCAGGAUUGCUGGCGGUAGCCAUUGUGUUCGGAGUGUUUUUCGGAAUUAUCGCUGCUGCGCUACUGUACGUGUUUUUCUUGAAGCCUGUACUUUUAAAUCGAAAGUUUCAUGGCUAUGAUGCCAGAAAGCUGUUAGAGGCGGAUGACUUGGACCAAGAGGACAAUAAAAGUGAUUCCGUCAGCGUUGGAAAGAAGGCAGGCCAAAGCGCAGCACCAAAUGAAAGGGAAAGGAAACCGAUGCCUAUGAAUAGUGAUGUUGCUGCUUUUGCAUUAAAGGCCAAGGUUGUUUACCCAAUCAACCAGCGAUACAGACCUCUGGCAGAUGGAGCCUCCAAUCCCUCUCUGCACGAGAACUCCAGGCUGGCCAUUCUUCCCAACCCUGAGUCCUCCUCCUCCUCCAGCCUGGACUCCCUCAGCCAGGAGCAUGACGAGGACAGCAGCCAGUUUGUCACCAUCCCCAACACCUUCCAGAACGACAGGUUCAUCCGGGUCGGCCAUUUCGCUGAGACGUUCACCUGUGCAGGGUUCGAGGGCCGGAUCAGUCUCUACUGUUUGGGUCUCCAAAACUUCCAGCACCUGUGUGCCAAGCUCCAGGAAGAGAAGCACGUGUUCUUUCUCCAGAUUCUCAGAAUUCUUUUCGAUGAGUGUUUUCGCAGGGAGAAAAUUGACUCCGCUUUCUACAGUAAAGUUCUUCUGAUACAAGAAAGGGAACUGCAGGACUUGAAGAAAGAGCUCUCGGUGAAGCUGUUUAACUCUGAGAGGAAGGAGGACCCCAACUCAAUCUACUGCACUCUGGAAGAAAUUGAACGAGCUGGGAAGGAUAGACUUGAGCAUGGACUUCAAAUGGUGAUGGGGUUCAGCAGGCAGGUGGAGAGGCUGUGCCUGCACCUCCGCGCCCGCCCCGGCGCUCUCCCGGGGGAGGCGGUGGUGGACACCACCCGCUCCCUGGUCCACAGCCUCCUGCAGGUGGAGACUCGGCUGGCGGAGCUCCAGAUCGCCCACACCCGGAGCGCUCAGGAGAAGCUCCUGUGGUGGGAGGAGCAGGACUCGUGGCUCCAGUCCCGGCCGGGCCUGCUCAGACGGGAGGCGGUGUGCAGGCUGAGGCUGGUGGCCAAGGCCCUCGAGCAGCUCACCAGCGACGGGCAGCUCAGCUUCGGCCACAUGGAGACCAUGCUGUCUGAGCUUCAGAGCGCACUGAGGGAGGAGCUUCAGAGCUGCGGAGAGGAGUGCGUGCGGCAGACGCAGGAGCUGGUGAGCGAGGCGCACAGGAAGGCCGACGUGAAGAGGAGGAAGCUGACGAAGAGCCAGGCCAAGGAGAGAGGCCGCGCCCUGGACAACGCACAGCAGCUCCGGGACCCUCUGGAGUUUGUGAAGGUGUACUCUGAGGUUCUGGAGAAACAGAGGAAGCAGAACAGUGAUCUGGAGGAGCAGCAGGAAUGGAGCGUGACGGAGGCUGUGUGUGAGCUGUGGAAGAGGCUGCACUCCUCCUGGUCGGAGAGGCUGGCGGACCGCGUGAACGACCUGUUCCUGACCGCGCUGCCCGCGCAGACGCAGCUGACCGCAGACGCGUGCGACCGGCUCAGGCAGGAGGCGGACCGUGACCUGAGCGGUCAGCUGCGCAGGGAGGAGAGCGCGGUCAAACUCAGCCUGCAGGGUCUGCAGGAGCAGCUGGACGUGGACAGACAGAUAUGGCUGGAAGAAGAAGCUCUGGUCACAGCCAGUCUGAGGCAUAUGUGUGAUCAACAGCUGAACAUCCUCAGGGGGAUGUCAGUGAAGCAGAAAGACUUGCAGGAAAGUGUGGAUAGCCUGCUGGAGGUGAAACACCGCCUCUUGCUGGCAGCAGUGCAGAGGCAGUUCAUGGCCCGUCACUUCACCCUGAGGGCCCUGAAGGAGAUGAGGUUUUCCAGGCUGAAGAUGCCCUCCCUCAGCGACUCCAGGGUGGUGGAGCUGGAGGACUGCAGCAAGACCCAGCACACUCCUAGCCUGACCCCUCGAGCUAUCCAUAAGGACUGUCCUGCCAGCGAGGCUGAAAGGCGCCUGGGGCCAGAGGCUCAGCUCAUUGGUCAGGGCUUCCAGCAGGAGUUCCUAUCAGAGCUGGACACCGGGGCGGAGCUUCUCCAGGAACACGCCCAGCUGCUCAUGGGCCACGCCCUCGCCAACAGUAUCCGUAACCAUGGCGACGCGGAGCCCUCCGCUCAGCCCCGCCCACAGGACAGCAGGAAGCUCCGCCUGGUGGAGGGGGCCUCUGAGAGCGUGUACGUGACCCGAGGCUCCACCAGCGCCCUGAUCCAGGGUUACUACACCCAGAUCCAGAGCAUCGCCAAGGCCCAGCAGCAGGGCCAGCAGCUCAGCCCGGAGAGCCCUGGAGCAGAGUGUGACAGGCCGAGUGGGCGGAGCCUGCUGUACAGAGCCCUGCAGAAGGAACUGGCCAAUUGGGAGAGGAAGCCCACAUCCAGGGAGUUUCACCAGAGGGUUGAAAUGCAGAAGAAGAAGAUCCUGGCCCAGUACGACGUCGACCUCGAGGCGGCAUACGAAACGCUGAGGAAGAGGAAGUCGGAACUUCAACAAACGAAGGAGAGUCUUAAAGUACAGCUUCAGGAAGCGGAGGAGACCUUCAUGGUUCGACUGGCAGCUCUGGCCAGAGUGCCUCUGACGAGCGGGGAAGCUGAACACACCAGCAGCCAGCCAGGCGAGGAGGAGCAGGAUGAGUGUAAGAGGAACACUGGGAUCAGUAAAGACAGUGACCGUGUGCUCCAAAGCCCUGGAAAUCACAGGUAUGAGCACGGAGCUUUUUUGGAAGACUCUGGGAAGAGAAAGAAGAAGAAAGAAAUUCAGGAUUGAUCACUGUAUCUAACGAGCUCUGAUGUUGGCACAGUGUGAGGAUUAAGGGGGUUGCAACUCCUUUCUUUUUAUAUUUACUUGUUUGCACAUAACUGUGCUUUGGGCUGAGCCCUGUACUAAGGUUCAUUCAGGGUAUGAGAAAAGGAGAGAAGACUUUUCAUAGACUGAGCUGUCAGUCUUAAAGCCUUUUUGUUGAGGAAGGUGCCCCCUAAAGUGUGCCCACCUCGCUCGAAUUCAUAGGUCAUUUUUUGAAUAGAAAAAAAAAAAGCACACUUGAUUCUGGCACACACGUCUUUGGGGUCAAAAUGGAGGCACGUCACGACAGCAAGUUCAUUCACUAUACAUGUUUACUGUUUGACCUACCACACUCUUUGUGUGGUUGUCCUUUGUGCUGUUAAUGUAUCUGUGGGCCAUAAUAUCAGACACUGGAUAUUACGUCACUGCUUAUUUUCACAUAAUUAUUUCAGUUCAAAUGCCGUUAUGAAGUACAGUGUAUUUGAGGUUAAUAUUUAUUCUAUUCUGGGCUGCCUAUAAGCAGUGGUUUCCUCCUUGAGAAGAGGCAUUAGUGGCCAGGCAGUAAAACAUCCCUUUGACUGCUCUAUAAAACACUGUGCUGUUGCAGAUGAUUACAAAUACAUCAGCCAUGUCUGAAAACCUACAAAUAGAGUAGGCAGGGAAAAUACUUUUGAUUAAUUUUGCUGAAAUGGUUUUGGACAGUUUUUUCAUGAAACCCAGGCAGGCUCAAUGAUGCCAGCCCAUUAACAGCUAAUUCCUUCUUGCAAGAUUGCCUUAGAUGAAUUUAAGAUUACACUACAGUCCACAUUAAAUCUUGAUGAAAAAUGAUGACUUGUUUUUAAGUAAAAACAAAUAUACCAGCUUAUUUCGCCAUUUCUUUUGGUGUUAUAAUUAAUAUUGAAUCUGAAGUGCAAAUAAGAUGCAUUGUACACAUUAAAAAGUGAUUAGAGAUCC